CGCCAAUAGCAAGGAGUGGCAUACCCCUGCUUUGGACGGUCGUCGGGACCGCCGGGUCGCUGUUAGAUAAGGAGGGGAAACAUUUAAAAAUAAGCUCUCAAAAUGCAGAGAGAAGAAAAGCAGCAAGACGCUGCAUUGGAAGCAAUAAUUAUGCGCGUUAACGAUCUAAAAAAUUCAAUCGGAUCAAUGCUUGUGAAACUUGAGCAUGAAUAUGAGACUUUAAACUGGCCGUCAUUUCUUGAUAAUUUUGCCUUGAUGUCUGGACAUCUGACAACAUUAUCCAAGAUGCUGAGUCAUGAUAAGUCACCUCCCCUGCGCAAUCUGACAGUGUUGCCCCUCCUUCUAAGUCCUGACAGAGAUGAAGAAUUGCUUCGGCUUACAGAAGGACGUGUUCCUACAUUUUCUCAUGAUCUUGUACCUGACUAUCUGCGCACAAAACCUGAACCGGAUGUGGAACGUCAGAUGAUUCAGAUGGAACAUAAGGCAGCCAACCUUGCAUAUGAGUCAGCCCAAAAGCAGGUUACAGCUUACAGCAAAGUUGUGAAUCAUGUGUGGGAUAUUGUGAGCAAGGCUCGUGAAGAGUGGGAGAGUGAGUCUGGGUCAAGGUCUGCAGCAACUCAGACCUCAUCAGUGUCAGACACACAUGCACUAGUGGCAGCAGUUGGAAUGGGGAAGGGACUGAAGUUGCAGCCUAUGGUGCAGCAGCCCGGUCCAUCAGGUGCACAAGGAAUGAUGGUGGCUCCAGUGGGUCGCCCAGGUGCUGGUGGCCCACAGCAGCCUGGAAGUGGUCCUAUGAACCCAAACCAACCUGGGCAAAUGGGUCCUAUGGGCAAAGCACCAAGUGCAAUCAAAACUAACAUCAAAGCAGCACCGCAAAUGCAUCCGUAUGCAAGAUGAAUUAAUGACCUGUCUGUGAACUGUGAUGUGUAAAUGAUAGAAGCUGAUGAAAUGCAAGCGGGCACAGAAAAUCUGGAAUGUUUUUGAGCCUACAUUAAUCAUGUAGUUGUGCUUUUUCAAGGAAAGCGUACCUGUGUGUUUGUCAAGCAAACUAAAUCCUUUCAUGAGUUUAGUAUAUAUUAUCAGGAGGGGCAAACUGUCCUUGUAAUGUGAUGUUGGUGCCCUGUAUCUUCCUUAGCUACAAGGAGGUGUUAUGUUAGUAGACAAGAUAAACUUUCCAUGUAUGGUUACGUGAUAACCAUUUCUGCAGACUGUAUUUUCCAUUUGUGAGUAGCCUUUCAUGACAUGGUUAGCCUUAAGAACAUAUGGUCCAUGUUCUGCAAAUUUAUGAACUGUAAUACACUGUUAUGAAGAUGGAAUAUGUUAUGAAAUUGUAAUUUUGACUCAUACAUAAAACUGUAUAUAGUUAAUUUGUACAGAAUACAGGGUUUAUGUUCCUAAAAAAUUGUGAUUACCAAAAUUAAUAGCAUAUGAGAGAAAUAAUGUGCCUGUGUUUUCAUAAAACGAUUUGCUGUUUGUAAUGAAAGUAGCAUUAUAUUUCAAAUAAUAGCAUGAAUGGAAAAUAUAGUGGACUACUAUGAAAGUUAAA